AUGACAGGUGCCCAGAUUAUUGAUUUGAUGAUGCUUGUAAUAGAUGUGACAAAAGGGAUGCAGACACAGUCAGCAGAGUGCUUGGUAAUUGGGCAAAUUGCCUGCCAGAAGAUGGUGGUAGUUCUGAACAAAAUAGAUCUCCUGCCAGAGGGGAAGAGACAAAGUGCCAUUGAGAAGAUGACUAAGAAAAUGCAGAAGACCUUGGAAAAUACUAAGUUCUGUGGGUGCCCUAUUGUUGCUGUUGCAGCAAAGCCUGGUGGACCGGAAGCCCCAGAGUCUGAGAAUCCAAUAGGUGUUUCUGAAUUAAUUGAGGUCCUGAAGUCUCAAGCUUACCUGCCAUCAAGGGACCCCUCAGGACACUUCCUUAUGGCAGUCGACCACUGUUUCUCUAUCAAGGGUCAAGGCACAGUGAUGACAGGGACUAUUCUUUCUGGCUCUGUUAGCCUUGGUGACAAUGUGGAGAUUCCUGCCCUGAAGGUGACAAAGAAAGUCAAGUCCAUGCAGAUGUUUCAUACUCCUGUGACUUAUGCCAUGCAGGGUGACAGAGUAGGUAUCUGUGUAACCCAGUUUGAUCCAAAACUCCUAGAACGAGGCUUAAUUUGCACCCCAGAGUCACUUCAUACCAUCCAUGCUGCAAUCAUUUCCCUGAAGAAAAUCCAGUAUUUUCGAGGAGCUCUUCAGACCAAAGCCAAGUUCCAUAUCACAGUUGGUCAUGAAACAGUUAUGGGAAAAGUCAUGUUUUUCAGUCCUGCCCCUGCUGACUUCAAUGAAGAAAUACAAGAAAAUGUUUUUGAUUUUGAGAAAGAUUAUCUCUAUCAAGAGGAAUAUCUGUCCAAGGACUCAAAUUCUUCAGAGGAUAACAAAGAAAAUGAUCAGGCAGGAGAAGUCCAGCUCCCAAAACAGCAGUGGGCUUUGCUGGAGUUUGAGAAACCAGUCACUUGUCCUCGACUGUGCCUUGUGAUUGGCUCCAAGCUGGAUACAGAUAUUCAUGCAAAUACCUGCAGGUUGGCAUUCCAUGGGGUACUGCUCCAAGGCAUGGAAGACAAGAACUACAUGGAAACUUUCCUGCCAAAGCUGAAAGUGUACAAACUGAAGCAUAAAGAAGGACAAGUGGAAAGGGUGAUGGACGAUUACAGCGUGAUUGGUCGGUCAUUGUUCAAAAAGGAAACAAACAUCCAGAUUUUUGUGGGUCUAAAAGUCAAACUAUCUACAGGAGAAGAUGGAAUAAUAGAUGGUGGUUUUGGACAAAGUGGCAAAUUUAAAAUCCGCAUUCCAGAUGGGCUGAAGCCAGAUACCAAGAUGCUUCUUGCUGGUGCCUCCAAGAAGAAAUCUAAGGCAGGGAAGGGGGAUACGACCAAAGAGGAUGAAAGCAGCAAGAAUGAUUCAGCCCAACCUGUUACCAUCUCUCUUCUCUUUAAAAGAUACGUCUUCGACACGCAGAAGAAAAUGAUUCAAUCCUGA